GGGAGAUGGUGGGCCAGCUGGCCCGCGGGCCCGCCUGUCGGCUACCGUCACUGGCCAUCCUGGGCCUGUGCCUCGCCGGCCGGCGCGCCCAGCUGCCGCGGCCGCCCGGUGGCGCCACCUACAUUAUCAACCCGGCCGGCGACCUGGUCAACACGGAGCAGCGCAUGGGCCCGUUCCUGGCGGAGCGCGGCUGGAGCGGUAUCGUGGGCCGGCCGCCGACGCUUAAGGAGUUCGCCGCGGCACUGACCGACGGCCAGAUCUUAGCGUACUGCGGCCACGGCUGCGGCAGCCAGUACCUGCCGGCCGAGAAGCUGCGCUCGCUCACGUGCAACGCCGUGGCGCUGCUGUUCGGCUGUAGCAGCGGGCAGCUGGUGCAGCCCGGACCCACCGUCGACCCCUACGGCGCCGUCUACGCCUACCUCAUGGCCAAUUGCCCGGCGAUUCUAGGUAACCUGUGGUCUGUCACGGACAACAUGCUCGACACCUACUCCAAAGCAGUUAUCGACAAGUGGACAGGCGCCGGCGACAACCCGAGCCUGCCCGAGGCCGUGUCCGCCGCGCGCGGCUCGGUCAGCUCCACCUUCAUGGCCGCCGCGCCCGUCGUCUACGGCCUGCCCGUCACGCCGGACGCCGCGCUGGACCGCACGACGCCGGACCCGGCCGCGUCCGACGGAGAGGAGCGCGCGACACCAGACCUGGCCACGCUCGGCGGAGAGGUCCUGGCGGCGGCCGGCCAGGGCCACGUGACCGUGCCACCAGGGGAGAGCGGCGAGCCGCUGGACGGCGGCGGCCGGGACGGCUCGGCCGGCUCGAAGCGCACCACCCGGGAUAAGGUGUCGGCGCAGCGCGAUGGGUCGUCCGGACGGGCACGGGCGAGGCAGGCCAAGCCGCCGCCGCCGGCGGCGCUGGCCGCCGGCCGCGGCCGCACUCGGCGGAGCGCACGCGAGACGUAGCGCCACACCACCGCCGUAGUACCGCUGUGGAGGGGGGGG